AUGGCCAACAAGCGCAAGUCGUCAGAACUCGAGGCCAAGGGAGGCAGCAGCGCCACUGUCAAAGUAGACAACUCGCGGGCCGAUAUCCAGCCAGUGCUCGCUACAUUUUCGGCUGUUGCCCCGCCGGUUGCCUCGACGUUCACCACAUUCAAGUCGGGGGAUAAGGAUCAGAACCAGGAAUGCCUUGUAGUUAGCGAGGGCGACAAGGUGGAGUACGUGGGCCAGAGCUCUGAGGACGGCUCUGCCCUCUUUAAGGGAUGCAAAUACAUGGUCGGCGUGUACGACAAGGCCACCAACACAGUGACGUUCCGGCGCGCACCGCUCGUGCGGAUCAACACCGUCGUGAAGUCGCUGAAGAGCUCGCGCGGCGUCAAGGAGCAUGACAUUUCGAACCGGAUCCUGGAGGCGCGCAACGAGCUGGGCGAGAAGUUUGGUAACAAGAAGAGGAAGGCACAGAUCCGCGCCGAGGAGCGCAACAAGAUCAACAUGGACCAGAUCCAGGGCAGCGCGGGCAUUAUCAGCACGUCUAUCGAGGCACGCACCACCUCCAUGCCCACGUCCAAGGACCUGGCCGACGAAGCCAACCAGAACCGUCCGCUGCCCAACUACGACUCCACCACGACUGUGCCUGCCGACGUCUACGACAUGGAGGACGUGCUGUCAAAGGCCGAGGCCUCGCACAUCAACGUGUCGUCGUUUGUCAAGGCCAAGUCGCCGGAUGACUACAAGCGGUUUAUCCCCGUGCAGUCCACUUUUGUGUCGGCCAAGGUCGACAAGAUCCUGGACUCGGGCAAGCCCAACCUGGCGCUGCUGCGUCGCGCGCUGUUCUUGGCAUAUCUGAUGAAGCGACGCAGAGCCGCGAUGCCUGCAGCCAAGCAGAUGCGCUGCGCGCCCGAGAUUGCCGACGUCAUCUUUGAGAAAUUCGCAGAGUGCGUUGCUGGCGCGCUGAACCCCGACGGCAGCCCCGUGUACAAGAAGACGCCGGGCAUGGACAACAAGCUGAUUUGCUACAUUGCCAUCCUGAUGCUGUCGCUUAAUGAGUGGAUCAUGUACCCGAGCGCCAUGGCGGCGGACCUUGGCAUGCCCACAAAGAAUGUCUAUAUUGGACAUUGGGUUCGCCGAUUCACACGCAUUUGCUCUGCCGCCGCCGCUGCUGCCGCCGAACAGCGGGAGUACCUGAGCUGCAUUCACAAGACACGACCUGGGGCUGAAAAGUAUCUCGAGAGCGUUGGGUGCAAGCUCGAAGCCGCAUCCAAGGAGGAAAUCGCAAGGUUCUCGAGCAGCAAGCGUGCUGCGGGGGCUCCGAAGAAGGCGGUGCUCAAGGCACCGGUCUCCUUCCCGAAGGAGAAGAGCGGGCCGAGCAGACGCUGA